GUCAGAUUCCUUUCCCUUCACAGUUCACACCCUCCAAGUCCUCACCUUCUUCCUUCCUUGCAUUGAGAAUAUCUCUUGUAAAUGUAACCAUUAGUAUACAUAUUCAAACCAUUUUGUUCUCAUUCUCUUUAAUUCUUUAAGAAAUAUUACGUUAUUAAAUGCAAAAACGAGAGUUCACUGUUCCAAAAAAGUUUAUUAUUAUUAUUGUAUACAUGUAUGCCCAGCAAUUGUACGUUGUACUCUGGAGAAUAGGAAAAUCCACGUCCCUCGCCCUCUCUUUCUGCUCAUCUAAAGAGAUAGGGAUGCCCAAAGGAAAAGUAAAUCCCAAGCACCGCAUCAACAAUACCGAAAUCCAAAAACUUUUCAGCAAGAAGUAGCAGAAAUCGACCCAAAGAGACGAUCUUUCUCUCUCAGUUUAAACCAAAGCUUCCCGAAAACAUGCCAUGAUUUGAUCCAUCAACACGACCCCAAAUGGGUUUCCCUACAAAACCCUUCUCCUUUUUCCUCUUCUCUCUGAUUUUCUUUACCAAUCUUGAGCUCAUCCCACUUGUUGAAUCUGCUUCUGACUACACAGCCUUGGUCUACAAGGGCUGUGCAAAGCAGGCCUUUUCAGAUCCGACAGGGGUUUACUCCCAGGCUCUCUCAGCCCUCUUUGGCUCUCUGGUUUCGCAGUCUACAAAGGCCAGGUUCUUCAAGACGACCUCUGGCAGUGGCCAAACCACCAUCUCUGGUCUCUUCCAAUGCAGAGGCGACCUUAGCAACACUGACUGCUACAACUGUGUGAGCAAACUUCCUCAAAUGGCUGACAGUCUGUGUGGCAAAGCCAUAGCCGCCAGAGUCCAGCUAUAUGGCUGUUACGUACUCUAUGAGGUUGCGGGGUUUACUCAGGUUUCAGGCAUGGAGUUGCUCUACAAGACCUGUGGAACCACAAACGUGGCCGGAAGUGGGUUCGAGGAAAGGAGGGACGCUGCGUUACAGGUGUUGGAAACCGGCGUGGUUAGCGGACACGGGUUCUAUACCACGAACUAUGAAGCCGUUUAUUUGCUGGCCCAGUGUGAGGGGGAUUUGGGGGACACAGAUUGUGGGGAGUGUGUGAAGAGCGCUGUGCAGAGAGCUCAGGUUGAAUGUGGGAGCUCCAUUUCAGGCCAAGUUUAUCUGCAUAAAUGCUUUAUUAGCUAUAGUUACUAUCCUAAUGGUGUUCCCAGGAGAUCAUCUUCAUCCUCCUCCUCUUCUUCUUCUUCAUCAUCUUCUUCAGGAGGAAAUACAGGAAAGACAGUGGCUAUAAUAUUAGGAGGGGCAGCAGGAGUGGGGUUUCUACUAAUUUGCCUACUGUUUGCUAGAAGUUUGAUGAAGAAACAUGAUGAUUUUUGAUAGGUGAUGGUUUUUUGCAAAGAGGCAAAUUACUUUUGAGGUAGAUUCUUUCUACAAUAUUAUUUUUUGUUUUUUUUGGUUAAACGACAUGGGAUUUUGUGGCCAAGAUAAGUGCAGAGAGAGAGAGAUAGAGAGAGAGAGUGUGUGCGCGUGUGUGAGGGUUUCUUGACAUUCAUCAUGUUCUUACAGUUUGGUAAAAAAUUGUAGAAAAGCAAGAAGAAAUUUUCACAAGAAUGAUGAUAGCCUUACCAGGAAUGAAUGUCUGUGAUUUUGUGUUGGAUCAUGGAUGAAGAAAACAAUUUUCAGUGGACUUAAUUAAUGGGGAUUCGGUCUUGUGCUUGCAGGAUCCCUCUAAAGCCAUGUGGGGGUGUUUGUCUCUUUUCGCUCUUCUCUAGAUUAAUGCUUCUCUCUAUUUUCUUCACAAACUUUAUGCUUUUU